AUGCUUUCUGAGACCUCCCUUUCUGUGUGUGUCGCCGCCGCCUCCGCCGCCGCCGUCGCCGGCGCGAACGGUCUGGAAGCCACGUGUUGGACGCGGGGUCAGGAGCAGCGGCGCGAGCUGAAGAACUACACAGCGCACUUCAACAGCGCGACAAACGAACAUGGGCAGCCGAAAUCUGGAGAACAGAACGGCGACGUGAUGCUGGAGGUCAUAGGAAAGGUGUGGGAGGACCAGGUCGAAGAUGCUGCCAACAAGAAGAUCAAGGAGGCUGAAAGAAAACGGAGGCAGGCGCUGCAAAAGAAGAGCAAGACGAAAAACCCGAGAAUAGCCGAGCAGAUCGAGAUACCGACUAUCCCGAACCGUGAUGAGCUCCUCGACAAGGACAUGCCCGACAACUUUCUCCCUCCGUACUGGUUUACGUGGCUGUUGUACGGACCGCUGGCCGCAAACCCGGAGGAGGACAUAUCGUUCACGGCCUCCAACGGCCCUGACGUUCAAGGGGUGGGCAGCGGAGGCCUCAGCGACGACUCCUACGAGGAGCUCAACAACUACGGCGACGACGACAACGACGACGAUUUCGACCUACGACUGCGGCGGCGGCAGCGGCGGCGGCAACGGCAACGGCAGCGGCGGCGCGGCAACACCGGCGAGGGCACGCGGCGGAAGGUUGCAGCGACCAAGGUGGGAAUCAAGAAGGGAAAGAAAAGGGCCAGCAGUAGUGGCGGUGCGUCUGGGGGGAAGCAGUCGGCAAUGAGGAGCAAGCACGCCAUGAAGUGUUUGUCAAAACCUACAGAGAUCCUCGGUAGGAGGGCUACGAAGGAGAGGGAUCGCGAGGAGAAGAAGAAAGCUCGGGGCGAUGCAGCAGGGAUGCAGGAACAGCUCAAGAUUUGCCGAGAGAGCCAGGUCACUCUGGCUAAGGUGACGCAGCAGGUCGCAGUGAUUUCGAGUGCUUUGGAGCUUCAGGCGAAGACAGAGCAGAGGAGGGAAAGGAUUGAGGAGUUGGAAAAGGUGGAGAAACUGUAUCGGGCUCGCGGCAUGGAAAAGAGGGCGGACGAGGCUGCUGCGCAAAUGCUGGCUAUUUUAGAGUCGCCGAUAGCACCGGUUUUUGGUGGUAGCGGUACCGUUGCUGCGGGAGUCACCACCUCUGGGGGCGUGGGCAUGAUGGAAGGCGUAGAGGGCGGCGCCGGCGGCGGUGCACAGGGCGACACCGUUGACGUGGAUUUAACCGGAUGCACGAACGGCAACCGGAGUGACAACGCGGUCUCCGACGAGGCUGCCUCCGUCCGGGCAGGCGCAGGUGAAGCCGCCCGCAACCAUGCCAGGGCUACAGGAGGUCCGGGAUCGGAGGCUACGUCGGGUGCUGCUGCACAGUACUACGCCUCACUCGGGGCUGCGCCUAGCGGACUCGCCGCCGACGUUAUGGAGGUGGACAUUUCGGAUAGUGACGCGGAUGCGGGGGGCAACGUGCUUGGAAUGGACGUCGACGGCGGUGGAGGUGUUCGCGGAGACGCUUCAGGCGGCAGUGCCGGCAGGGGCUUUGGGGGCGGCGGCGAGGGAGUGGGCGGUGGAGGCAGGCCGGAAAGACCGCAAUGCGACGAACACCAACUUCCGUGCAAACUCUUGAUACUUCGAGGCAAAACAUAUUGGGAGUGCGGCAUGGACGACAUCGACAAAAUGUGCGACCACUUCGAGGCUGCGGACGGCGUGACGGUGGAUGGCGGUUCCGGGGGGGCCUCGGAUGCUUCAGCGGGCGCCACUGGUGCCGCCGCGAAGGACAAACGCGGCGGGUCUUUCGUGGGCAGCGCCGGCAGUGGCUUUGGGGCUGGUGGCGAGGGCGCGGGCGCUGGAGGCGGGCCGAAACCACCGCAGCCGAAAACUAUUGGGAGUGCGGCAUGGGCAAGGUCGAGGAUAUGUGCGACCACUUCGAGCGUGCGCGCGGCGUCACGGUGGAUGGCAAGUCCGUUGGGGCUGCGCCUGCUGCUGCGGGUACCGCUUAUGCCGCCGCCAAUGGUGUUGGCGGACCAUGCCGCCGCCGCCGCCGGCAUGGGGGGUCUUCACGGAACGUCGGCGGCUGUGGGUGCGCCUGCUGCCGCGGGUACCGCUCGUGCCGCCGCCAAUGGUGUUGGCGGAGUGGCUUCGGUGGGCGCCGGCGCCGGCGGCAUGGGGGGGCUUCACGGAGCGUCGGCCGCUGGGGGUGUUGCUGACGACACCCGUUCCCACGCACUAAAUGCUAGGGACCUUGCUAUCCAAGCCUUGGCCCAGUUCCCCAAUGAUGGCCGGGUGGCGGGUGCAGCUGCGGCAUUCAUACAAGCUCGCAUGACCGGAAGGUCAGACACGUAA